AUGUACAGAGCAAAGAACAACUCACAGACCAGGGAGUACAAAAGUCCAGGGAUGAACCAUAGUCCAGAGUGGGACAGUCCUCUUAAGGACUCAUCUGAGUUUGACCUUAAGAAGAUGCUAGAUGAGCCCAUUAUAAAGCAUCUCAAUGAGUUGUAUGCAGCAGGUCGAGAGAGAGGGAUGCGAGAGCUCUAUAAAACUCAGGCAAAACUUCCAGAAACAAAUGUCUAUGGCCCAGCAGAGAAAGAUGCGAACAUUUCAGCUCAACCCAACAGUCCUCGGAUCAAACCAUGCCAGUUCUACAGUCUGGUAGAUGCCGCUGCAAAGGUUAAACACUACCUGGAGGUGGCAGGACGAAAUGUGGAGGCUCCAAAAGAGGGGCAAGUGGAGGUGACGAGGACCCUGCGCCAAGACUUUGAGAAUGCAUCCCGCUUCAUUGUGUGCAUCUUGGUUGACAAGUUCCCAGGAAGAACAGGAGCCGUAUUCUCUCCGAAAAUGUGGCUUGCUUUCGUCCUGCUGCUGUCCCUGCUCUGUGGGGCAUCUGGAAGUGUGGACUCAAAAGGGGUCACAACCACACUGACUACCAAAUGGAGAGAGACACCGCUGCUGCUUGAAGCCAGUGAGUUCAUGGCAGAGGAGAGCCAGGAGAAGUUCUGGGACUUUGUGGAGGCUAAUGAGAACAUCGAGGGCGAGCAUGAUGGCACGGAUCAGGCCUACUAUGAACUGAUCAUGAAGAAAGCCAGUGCCCUGCUGAGCUCGGUCCAACUCAACAUGCUGAAGUUUGCCUUGUCCCUGAGAGAGUACUCUGCAACCAUACAUUCAUUUCAACAGAUAGCCUCCAUUGAUGGGCCUCCUACCGGCUGUUCAGCAUUUUUCAGCGUCCAUGGAGUAAAGACCUGCAAUUCUGAUCAAUUAGAAGCUUUGCUGAAUUCUGCUUCUGAAAGACCCAGACCAUACCUUUUCAAAGGCGAUCACAAAUAUCCCGGCUCCAGCCCGGACGCCCCGGUGCUCAUCCUGUACGCGCAGUUUGGGACAGAAACAUUCAGAGAGCUCCAUCAAACUGCAGUGUCUAAAGUGCAUAAAGAACAAGCGGCAUAUGUUCUCCGGCAUUACGUGCACGAACCCAGCUCCAAGCAAGUGCACCUGUCGGGAUACGGCGUCGAACUGGCCAUCAAGAGCCAGGAGUACAAAGCAAAGGACGACACGCAAGUCCAGGGCGGUGAGGUAAACUCGACGGUGAUCGGGGAGAACGAUCCUGUGGAUGAGGUCCAAGGAUUCCUCUUUGGCAAACUCAAGACCCUUUACCCUGAGCUGAAAGAGCAACUGAAGGAAUUGAGGAAGCAUCUGAUCGAAAGCACUAAUGAAAUGGCACCACUCAAAGUCUGGCAAAUGCAAGACUUGAGUUUCCAGACUGCUGCUCGGAUCCUGGCUGCUCCGGCCGCCGAAGCCCUAAACGUGAUGAAGGUCCUGAGUCAGAACUUCCCCACCAAAGCCCGAUCCAUCACUAAAACUGUUGUAAGCGACGAGUUACGGAAAGAAAUAGGAGAGAACCAGAAGUUUUUCAAAGGAACACUAGGACUGCAGCCCGGAGACUCUGCGCUGUUUAUCAACGGCCUCCACAUCGAUCUGGAAGCACAGGACAUGUUCAGUGUGCUGGACGUGCUCCGCAGUGAGGCCCGUGUGAUGGAGGGGCUGCGCUCUCUGCUCAUCGAGACCCCCUACAUCCACGACAUCCUCAAGCUCAACGUGCAGCCGUCUGAGGCCGACUACGCUGUGGACAUCCGCCAUCCUGCCAUCAGCUGGAUCAACAACUUGGAGACUGACCACCGCUACAGCUCGUGGCCGUACAACGUACAGGAGUUACUGAGGCCCACUUUCCCCGGAGUGAUCCGACAGAUCCGCAAGAACUUCCACAACCUGGUCAUCAUUCUGGACCCAGCCCAGGACCACUCUGCAGACCUCCUCAAUGUAGCAGAGAUGUUCUACUCUAACAACAUUCCACUACGGAUUGGCCUGGUGUUUGUGGUGUCCGAUGAGGAUGACGUGGACGGUAUGCAGGACCCUGGAGUGGCGCUGGUGCGCGCUUACAACUACAUGUGUGACGAGGUCAACAGCCAGAGCGCCUUUGAGGCCGUUAUGUCGAUGUACAACCGCGUGGCUCCAGGGGAACAGCUGACUGUUGCAGAUGUGGUUAAAGUCCUGGAGAAGAGGUUUCCUUAUGUGGAGAUCAGCAGCGUGCUCGGAUCAGACUCCAGUUACGAUGCCAACAGGAAGGAGGCAAAGGCCUACUACGCUCAGACAGGAGUGGGGCCCCUGCCUGUGGUCCUCUACAAUGGGAUCCCCUUCCAGCGAGAGCAGCUGGAUCCAGACGAGCUCGAGACCGUCACCAUGCAGAAGAUCCUGGAGACCACCACCUUCUACCAGAGGGCCGUGUAUCUGGGCGAGCUGGCCACCGACCACGAUGUCGUCGACUACAUCAUGAACCAGCCCAACGUGGUCCCGCGCAUCAACCCCCGAGUGCUGUCCACCAGUCGGUCCUACCUGGACCUGUCCGACACCAACAACUAUUUCAUUGACGAUUAUGCUCGCUUUAGCACUCUGGAAGUGAAGGAGAAGAACGCGGCCGUCGCAAACAGCAUGAACUACAUGACGAAGAAAGGGCUUUCCUCUACCAAUAGACAUGACGAUGGCUUCAUCCGUGCUGUGACCUAUUGGGUGGUGGCUGACUUUGACACCCCAUCAGGCCGCAAGCUGCUCUACGACGCCAUCAGACACAUGAAAUCCAGCAACAACGUCCGCCUGGGAAUGAUCAACAACCCGUCUGCCGCCGUGUCCUCCGAGACGAGCCGCGUGGCCAGAGCCAUCUGGGCCGCCAUGCAAACCCAAUCCGCCAACAACGCCAAGAACUUCAUCACCAAACUGGCCAAAGAGGAGACCGCCGCCGCUCUGGAAAGGGGGGCGGACAUUGGAGAUUUUGCCGUUGGGGGGAUGGAUAUGACGACGUUUAAAAGCUCCUAUGAAGAUUCUAAGUUUGACUUCCUGCUUUCCCACGCUGCCUUCUGUAGAGACGUGCUCAAGCUGAAGAGGGGACAGAGAGCAGUUAUCAGCAACGGACGAAUCAUUGGUCCCCUCGAGGAAGAGGAGGUGUUUAACCAGGACGACUUCCUGCUUCUGGAGAGCAUCAUCCUGAAGACGUCCGGGGAGAGGAUCAAGAGCAAAGUGCAGCAGUUUGGAAUCGAGGAGGACAGGGCCAGUGACUUGGUGAUGAAAGUGGACGCACUGCUCUCGUCUCAGCCUAAAGGAGAGGCUAGGGUGGAGUAUGGCUUUGCUGAUGAUCGCUACAGUGCUGUGAAGAUCCGACCGAAGGAAGGCGAGGUGUAUUUCGACGUUGUGGCGGUGGUAGACCCUGUCACGAGAGACGCACAGAAACUUGCCCCGUUCCUCUUGGUUCUGAAGCGGCUGGUAAAUGUCAACCUCAGAGUGUUCAUGAACUGCCAAUCCAAACUGUCCGACAUGCCGCUGAAGAGUUUCUACCGCUACGUGCUGGAGCCAGAGGUGACGUUCCAGGCGGAUGGGAGCUUCUCUCCUGGACCCAUGGCCCGGUUCAGGGACAUGCCCCAGUCCCCUCUGUUCACACUGAACCUGAACACCCCAGAGAGCUGGAUGGUGGAGGCUGUGAACACCAGACACGACUUGGACAACAUCUAUCUGGAGGAGGUGGACUCUGUGGUGGCAGCGGAGUACGAGUUGGAGCACCUGUUGCUGGAGGGCCACUGCUUUGACGUGAGUUCUGGGCAGCCCCCACGAGGUCUGCAGUUCACUCUGGGAACAGCCUCCGAGCCGGUCAUCGUGGACACCAUCGUCAUGGCCAACCUGGGAUACUUCCAGCUGAAGGCAAACCCUGGUGCUUACAUCCUGAAGCUGAGGAAGGGCCGCUCAGAUGAGAUUUACAAGAUCUACAGCCACGACGGCACAGACUCCCCUGCGGACUCUGACGACAUUGUGGUUGUCCUCAACAACUUCAAAAGUAGAAUUAUCAAAGUAAAGGUGCAAAAGAAACCGGACAAGUUACACGAGGAGCUGCUGAGUGACGGAGUCCAGGAGGAGGGCGACGCCGGCUUCUGGACGUCCAUCACCAGAGGCUUCACCGGAGCGGGAAAGGCCGAGGAGCAGAAGCCAGAGAAGGACGACGUGAUCAACAUCUUCUCCUUGGCCUCGGGACAUCUGUACGAGAGGUUUCUGCGGAUCAUGAUGCUGUCGGUUUUGAAACACACCAAAACUCCAGUCAAGUUCUGGUUUCUCAAGAAUUAUCUAUCGCCAGCUUUUAAGGAGUUCAUCCCUCACAUGGCCGAAGAGUACGGCUUUCAGUACGAGCUGGUGCAGUACAAAUGGCCGCGCUGGCUGCACCAACAGAGCGAGAAGCAGCGCAUCAUCUGGGGCUACAAGAUCCUCUUCCUGGACGUGCUCUUCCCGCUGGCUGUGGACAAGAUCCUGUUUGUGGACGCGGAUCAGAUCGUGAGGACAGACCUGAAAGAGCUGCGGGACUUUGAUCUGGAGGGCGCCCCCUAUGGGUACACUCCAUUCUGUGAGAGCCGGAGGGAGAUGGAUGGAUAUCGCUUUUGGAAGUCUGGGUACUGGGCCAGCCACUUAGCAGGACGCAAGUAUCACAUCAGUGCCCUUUAUGUGGUGGACUUGAAGAAGUUCCGUAAAAUUGCAGCUGGAGACCGUCUCAGAGGGCAGUACCAGGGUCUGAGCCAGGACCCCAACAGCUUGUCAAACCUGGACCAGGACCUACCCAACAACAUGAUCCACCAGGUGCCCAUCAAGUCUCUGCCUCAGGAGUGGCUCUGGUGUGAGACGUGGUGUGACAACCACUCCAAGAAAAGUGCCAAGACGAUAGACCUGUGUAACAACCCAAUGACGAAGGAGCCCAAGCUGCAGGCGGCUGUGAGGAUCGUGGCGGAGUGGAGCGACUACGACCAGGAAAUCAAACGGUUCCAAAGCAGACGACAGGAGAGGACGCCGCCAGAGCACAGCACGAGCACAGAUUCCCACGUAGAGCUGUGA